AUGCUCAACGUUUCUGGUAUCUCUACGUCCUUGGAUUUAGUGAUACACUAUAUAGAAACACAUCACAUCGACAUUUUACUACUCACGGAAACCUUCUUGCUCAAAGGUGAUCUAUUCACUCAAUGGGCUCAACAUCAUCAAUAUGCUACCAUCUCAGGUGAUGCAUCCAAAGGCAAUGGUGGUUUGACAUUUCUAAUUCGACCUCAUUUUCCUCACUAUGUUCACCGUAGCACUGAUCCAACAACCACACAACACAACAAGCUCAGUAUCGUGAUUGGUAACUCGCUUACUGUCCAUGGCUUCUAUUUACCACCAGCGCUAUCCUUUGCAGACUAUCAAACUGUAUUGGGUAGUGUUGACUUCAACUCUUCAUCGUCAGUUAUUUGUCUUGGUGAUUUCAACACUCGUCUUGGCUCAUUCACUGGUGAUACUCGUAGUACGAACCCUCGUAGCAACUAUCUCCUCAAUUGGCUUACAGUCCAUUAG